UUUCUGCCUGUUCUAUAAACUGUAGCUGAGUUGGUACAAAGUCAUUACCACUGAGGUAAUGAACAUAGACACAAGGUGCAACGUGGAACUGAAGAAUCUACAAUGAGUUUCUUCUUGUUAUUCUCAACAACAACCUGGGGCCUAUUUAUAAUUUUCCUAACCUUGAUUACAGUAUAUGGUUACUGGCCAUAUGGAUUCUUUAAAAAAUUGGAAAUUCUGGGUCCUAAACCCAUACCUUUUUUGGGAACACUGUUGGAGUACCGAAAGGGAUUCCACAACUUUGACAUGGAGUGUUUUGCGAAAUAUGGGAAAAUGUGGGGUUUUUAUGAUGGCAGACAGCCAGUACUGGCCAUUAUGGAUCCUGGAAUGAUCAAAACUAUUCUGAUCAAAGAAUGCUAUUCCCUUUUCACAAACAGAAGAAACUUCCGUCUGAAUGGCCCCUUGUACGAUGCAAUAACUGUUGUGGAAGACGAUGAGUGGAAGAGAAUUAGGGGCGUUCUCUCACCCUCUUUUACCAGCGGUCGACUGAAAGAGAUGUUUAAAAUUAUGAGACAGCACUCUGAUAAUUUAAUUAAGGGUCUGCAGAGAACAGCUGACUGUGGGAAAGCAGCAAACAUGAAAGAGUUUUUUGGUGCAUACAGUAUGGAUGUUGUCACAAGCACCUCAUUUAGUGUUGAUAUUGACUCUCUCAGCAACCCAGAUGACCCCUUUGUCACAAACAUUAAGAAAAUGCUCAAAUUUGACCUGCUCAAUCCUCUAUUUGUCUUGAUAGCAUUCUUCCCUUUCUUGGCCCCCUUGCUGGAGAAAAUGGACUUUGCCCUUUUCCCAACAUCUGUGACAGAUUUCUUUUACGCCUCUCUUCGGAAAAUAAAGUCAGAACGACAAACAAAUGUUCACAAAAAUCGUGUGGAUUUUCUACAACUGAUGGUGGACUCCCAGAUACCUGAAAAGAGCACAGUCACAAAAGGAGAACCACUCAAAGGUCUUACAGACCAUGAAAUUCUUUCCCAGUCAAUGAUGUACAUAUUUGCUGGUUAUGAGACUACCAGUAGCACCCUCUCAUUCUUGGCCUACAACCUGGCCACCAACCCUGAAACAAUGACGAAACUUCAAGAGGAAAUUGAUGAAGUUUUUCCAAACAAGGCCCCGGUGACCUAUGAACCACUGAUGCAAAUGGAGUACAUGGAUAUGGUGCUGAACGAGUCUUUGAGGCUCUACCCUAUUGCUGCUCGUCUUGAGAGGGUUUGCAAGAAGACCGUUGAGAUCAAUGGGGUGACCAUUCCGAAAGGGACUGUUGUCAUGAUUCCAACUUAUGCCUUACACCGUGACCCUGACUUGUGGUCAGACCCCGAACUCUUCAAACCUGAGAGGUUUAGUAAGGAAAACAAAAACAGCAUAGACCCUCACACCUAUUUGCCAUUUGGAGCUGGUCCUCGGAACUGCAUUGGAAUGAGGUUUGCCAUUAUAACGAUGAAACUCGCUAUGGUUCAGAUACUUCAGAACUUCAACAUUGUUACCUGUGAUGAGACAGAGAUUCCUUUGGAGCUGGACGUUCUAGGACUUGUUGCUCCUAAAAACCCAAUAAAACUGAUGCUUGUUCCACGUGACAGUGUAAGCAAAGAUGAAUAAAAUUACGACCAGACAAAAGGCAGAAAAUGUAACAUGUAAAUACAUUGCACAACUGACAUUCUGAAAUUAUACCAAGGGCUAUGUAUAAGAUUACAAUGCAAUGAGUGUAAUCAUUUUCAGUGAGUAAUUAAUUGUCUACUGAUUUGCUUUAAGUGUUUUAUCAGUAAUAUUAAAAAUCUUUACCUGUACAAGGUCAGCAAUGAUUUGUGUGAUAAUUGUUUGGCCCUUUUUGCCACAUUACCUUAACUUUCAGUCUGAAAUCACAUUUACUGUGGAAUGUUGUCUAACGUUGUAUAUUUUAUCUACAUUUGGGCUCUACAUUUCAGUUAGCAUAAAUGUAAGCAAUUUUACAAUAAAGAUUUCCAGUAACUUACAA